AAAACCUUAAGCCCAGCUGUCCGUAAAGAGGUCGAUGAUAUUCGUCAGGUGCGAAACGAGAUCGCUCAUAUCACCGAGGCUAAGUUGACGGAUGCCGACUUCCAAGCUUCUGUAGACAGAGUGUUGAAAGCUUUUACAUCCCUUGGUCUGGCUAUAACUGAGAUUCAAGAAAUAAAGAACCAGAAGACCUUUCCGACGAAGGAAGUGGAAAAAAUAAGGAAGCAAGUUCGUGAUCUCCAAGCCGAGUUAGAUCAGACAAAAAGUAAUCUUCAAAGUACCGAAGCUGCCCUGGUUUCUCUCACACAGGAAAUAAAUGUGGAACUUCAGCCAUUUUGCAUUCUCGCAUCGUGCCCACCACACGAUACUAUCAGGCGCUCGCAUGAUAUUGAAAGAAUCACUAAC